AUGCCCGUCUUUCAUAACUCCACCUUGCCUAUUUUCCUCCUGACGGGAGUCCCUGGACUCGAAUGGGCCCAUGCCUGGAUCUCCAUCCUCUUCUGCUGCCUCUAUUUUACCGCCCUGACUGGUAACAGCUUGAUCCUCUCCGUAGUCUUCACUGAGCUAAGCCUCCAUGAGCCCAUGUACUAUUUCCUUUCCAUGUUGUCCACCACUGACAUUGGCUUGUGCAUCUCUACUCUGGUGACUGUGCUGGGAAUAUUCUGGUUCAAUGCCCGGGAAAUCAGUUUCAAUGCUUGUUUAUCACAGAUGUUCUUCAUUCACCUCUUCACUUUCAUGGAAUCCUCAGUGCUUCUGGCUAUGGCUUUUGACCGUUUUGUGGCCAUUUCAAACCCCUUGAGAUACGCUACCAUUCUAACUCAUGCAAGGAUUGUGCAGAUUGGUGUGGCAGUCAUCAUCAGGGCAACUGUCAUUCUGACACCACUAGUCCUGCUCCUCACACGCUUAUCCUUCUGCAGUAGCCACGUGCUGCACCACUCUUACUGCUUUCACCCUGAUGUGAUGAAGCUCUCCUGUUCAGACACAAAAAUCAAUAGUGCAUUUGGGCUAACUGCAAUUAUCUCUACUGCAGGAGUGGACUCGGUCUUUAUCCUGCUUUCCUAUAUCCUGAUCAUUCGCUCAGUUCUCAAUAUUGCAUCCUCUGGGGAGAGGAAGAAGGCCUUCAGCACUUGCAUUUCUCAUAUCACUGCUGUGGCCGUGUUCUACAUCCCUUUGAUCAGCCUGUCUUUCGUUCACAGAUUUGGAAAACGUGCCCCACCUUUUGUGCCCACACUCAUUGCAAAUGUGUAUUUGCUCAUUCCCCCCGUGAUGAACCCCAUCAUCUACAGUGUGAAAACAAAGCAGAUUCAGAAAGCGGUGCUUAAACGUGUGUGUUCUAAAGGCAUUCAUUUUUAA